AUGCAUCGCUCAUCUCUUUCAUAUUUCCUUCAGUUUAUUCUUCACAUUCAUGUAGUAUACUACAUCUUAGCUUUAUGCCUUCCCCCACAUGCCAAUGCCACCGAACAGCAACCCUUGGGCUCAUUUGGAGUCACACCACCCAAGAGGGUCGCCGUGAUCGGAGCGGGGGCUGCGGGGUCUAGCACGGCUUAUUCACUACGCAAGUAUGCGGAUGCCUUGCACAUUCCCCUCAAUAUAACGGUCUUCGAACGCUCUCCCUAUGUUGGCGGUCGUUCCACAACAGUGAAUGUCCAUGACAAUCCAGCUACACCCGUAGAGCUAGGUGCUUCGAUCUUCGUGGAGGCCAACCAUCACCUUGUCAACGCAUCCAAAGAGCUGGGACUUCACGUUAACAGCGCCAAUUAUGACCGACCCAGAGAGACCGAAGACACCCUUGGCGUCUGGGACGGCGAGCAGUUCGUCUUUGUGAUGAAGGAAGCUUCUUCCUGGUGGAACAUUGCCAAGCUGGUCUGGAGGUACGGAUGGACUCCCGUGAGGACCUAUCGCUUAAUGAAGUCGACAGUCAACAACUUCCUCAAACUCUACGACGAGCCCAUAUUCCCCUUUUCAUCCCUUACAUCCGCUUCAGAAGCAGUAGGGCUGGUAAAUAUAACUGCUAUUCCUGGAGAGGCCUUCCUCCAGCAGAACCAGGUGUCCGCCAAGUUCUCCCGCGAAGUUAUCCAAGCUAGCACCCGUGUCAACUACGGACAGAACCUUGCUCUGAUUCAUGGUCUCGAGACAAUGGUCUGCAUGGCAACUGAGGGUGCCAUGGCCGUGGAGGGAGGCAACUGGCUGAUCUUCGACGGAAUGCUCAAACUGUCCCACGCCGACGUCCGCUUAAACCACACAGUGACAGCCCUCGACUGGGAUGCCAACGGGUCCUCAACCCUAACUAUCAACACAAACACCAACUCAGAAGAAAAGCUUGAGUUCGACGAGGUCGUCAUCGCCGGUCCAUGGCAAUUCUCCAACAUCACCGUUACUCCAUCGCUCAAGAACACGCCGGACGAGAUCCCCUUCGUGACACUCUACGUCACCCUCUUCGCCUCCCCGCACCGUCUCUCACCUAAAUACUUCGGCCUCACAGAGCCCAACGCCUACACCCCGGAGACAAUCCUCACCACCCUCCCUCCGGACAGCGAUAUCGGAAAAAGCGAAGCCGGAGUCGGCCCAGCUGGCUUCUGGAGCAUCAGCACACUCCGGACCGUGGACGCCCCAGACCCAUCAGAAGGGAAACACUACGUCUACAAGAUCUUUUCCCCGGAACGGCCAACAGCCGAAUUCAUUGAAUCAAUUCUCGGCCUGGAGCACAAGUCAUAUUCUAACACCGACACUGAAACUGACACUUCCAUCGGCGAUCUCUUCAAGCGAGACAUCAGCUGGUUCCAUGAGAAGAUCUGGCGGCCGUAUCCGUUUGAAUAUCCACGGGUCACGUUUGAAGAGCCGCUUCUUGCCCCUCAUGUCUGGUAUACGGGCGGAAUUGAAAGCUUCAUCUCUACAAUGGAGACAAGUGCAUUGAUGGGGAGGAAUGUAGCUGCUUUGAUGUCUCGAGAGUGGCAGGCCCAGGUUGAAGAGGGGGAGGGAGAGUCGGCAGCGGAUUCGGUUCGUCAUGAGCUAUAA